AUGGCGUUGGGUGUAAACAUGUCCAUGUCGAAGCGUUCAGAAGAGACCAUGAAACAAACGUGUGCCAACAUGGAAAAUAAACCUAAAAGAAAAUGUGAGAAGAGGGAUCUGUGCUGUGCUUGGGAAAGUUCCGAUAUCAGCGAUGAUAAUGCAUUUCACCAGUACCAGAAGGCUAAACAGAAGGUUAGGCACAAGUGCAGUUACUUGGACGAGAGGAACAUCAUUUUGUCCCCUCAUUUAUUUGCUCAGCCCAGGUCAUGCGCACCCCGAGCAAAUGAUGCAUUGGAUGAAGCAAACUCAAGACGGAAAGCAUCUCAGAUCAGCGUCCCCACUAAAUCUGCCAGCCCAGACGUGAACAUUACCACUGAGAGACCAAGUGCCCCAGAUCCGAGCUGUGUACCCAUAAAUCCCAGCGUAUCUAGCGAUUCAAUGACCCAGAGGCAAAAUACCGUCAGCGAGACCUCACUGCAAGUGCAUAUCGUCGAAGCGAACGGGAUUCUGCCAAUGAUUGAGUGGAUUCCCGAAUCAUCUCAUGAGGAAACGACGGAGGAAACCACACCCUGGAGGUGUACUGGACUCGUCUCAGCGAACAACGAAGCUCUUUGGAAAAAGACAUCUGGAAAGAAAAUCCAGUGGUGCCAUGAACGCCUGGCUAAGGCGGCCCACCUUGAGUCAACAUCGCCCACCGCAGCCGCAGCCAGAACAGUGACCCGGAGACUGGCACGAGGAAGAGGUUACAGAGGGACAAGCAGGCACAGAGAACAGAAGCUCAAACCUCUGGUGACUCACAAAGACCUGCACAAUAGCUACUACAGUCCGUCAACGCUGCAGAAUCGCUAUGGAUGUCUCUAUAGCCCUCGCCAACCGCGGUUGAGACACAGUCCGGGGGGAGACUGGCGAGACGCCACGCAGAACCUUGACAGGAAACAGCAAGGACAGCAGAGAGAGUUUUCAGAAGCCGUUGGGGACAUGCAGCGUCAGUCAGGAGGCCCGAAGAACGCCGAAUCCCCUCCAACGCCGCACCACGUCACUUUCUCUCAUAUUUUACAGGUCCUCCAAAGCAAACCGGCCAAUUUUCCAGAGGUCAGGGGCCAGAGAUGCCACAGGGCUCUUUAAACGCUGCUGAGAGCGUUCGAUAUGAGACACCUUUCCUUUCACAGAGCGCGCGAACCGACGGAGUGCUAGUAAAAAAAAAACCCACCACGGGCUUUAGAAUAUAUUUUUUUUUAUUCAAACUUUGAAAUUUCAUCGUCUCUACAGUGUAAAAGGUCAUGGAUUCAAAGCCCUAAAAGGACUCGAAGAGAUGGAUUAACACCGAUUUGGGAGAAAAUCCAUCUAUAGCAUCCAAAUAAACCAUUUAGUAAUGACUCUCGAGGCGGGAUGGGAGAAGAAAACAUAGGAAUCGGAAGUUAAAAAAAGCUUUUGAGGUCGAACGAACAUCUUUUAACAACCAAAAUCUCUGUGCAGGCUAUAAAACGGAAUAUAAAUAAACAUAAACACGAUUAAAAAACAUCCAUUUGGUACACAGUAAACCAGUGUGAUACUACAGCUAAAAUUCAAAGAAUAAAUACAGUACAAUAUGUACUUACAGUAUGCCAUCGUACACCCACGGACCCCCAGCCACACAUACAUGUACAG